GAGGAGAGAGAAAGAGAGAGAUAGAGAGAGAGAGAGAGAGAGAGAGAGAGAACACGCAGGGAGACUCAGCAGGAGCCUCGGGAUAGUCUUUAUUUUUUAUUUUGUAUAGUUUGUAUUCGUUUUAUACACUUUUUAAAGUCUAUAUUGGUUUUUGAACUUUUACAGGUUUAGCAGCUUGGGCUGGUUUUUAGCUGUGUUUUUUUGCUAACCGAGGUGAAGAGAAUUUUAUUCAGAAGCAGAAGCACCUCGACAGAUUGUGCUCGAUAGAUUUGAUAGAUAUAUUGAUAUAUAAAUAUAAAGGUUUUAGAUUAUAUAUAUAUAUAUAUAUAUAUAUAUUUGGAGAUAAUAAUAUUCGGACGCCGUGAUAAAUCUCUAAUACUGAAGAACAUGACUGCGGAGGUGAACAUCCGGAGGUUACUGGAAGCUGCUGAGUAUUUAGAAAGAAAAGACCGAGAGUGCGAACACGGAUACGCCUCGACGUUUCCGUCCAUUCAGAGCUCCAACAACUACCAGAGACAAAGAAAAUUCCGGAAUAAAAAGCACAGCAGCAAUCACAACAGGUCAACACACAACGAGUUGGAGAAGAACCGACGAGCCCACCUGCGUCUUUGUCUGGAGCGAUUGAAGGCGCUCAUCCCACUGGGACCCGACUGCAACCGUCACACUACACUGGGCCUGCUCAACAAAGCAAAAGCACACAUAAAGAAGCUGGAGGAGGCGGACCGAAAAUCUCGGUACCAGCUGGAGAGUUUGGAGCGGAAGCAGAGACACCUCCGGAGGCAGCUGGACUCCCUUGGAGGGACGUGUAAGACAGAGAGAGUGCGUACAGACAGUGUGGGCUCCACCCCGUCCUCCGACCACUCCGACUCGGACCAGGAAGAGAUCGAGGUGGACGUCGAGAGCACCGAGUUCUCCCAUGGAGAGCUGGAUAGCGCGAGCAUGGCCAGCACCAGCGACCUGGACGACCACAGCAGCCUGCAGAGCCUGGCCAGCGAUGAGGGCUACUCCUCCUGCAGUGUCAAGCUAGCCUUCAGCUCGUAGACGCCGGGGGGGGAGGGGGCACGGACACGCUGCACACGUACAGUCCCAGCAACCGAGACUACCGCUGAUCCUCCACUCCACUCCUCCUUUCUCCUCCAAUCUCCACCGUACCACUACCUAACCCCUGCCUGAAUCCGACAGGUGACCAGAGCACAAGACUGGCAGACUGAAUGUACUCCACACUGCCUUUUACGGCUCUUUCUCCUCCUUUCUCUCUUAGUUUUCACUUUUCAUUUCCAUUCAGUCGGAUUUUAUCAUCCUGUGUUUUCUCUCAUGACCUGGUUGCCUGUCGGACCGUCGCAUGAACGAUGUGGACGUCCGCAGCAGCACUGCAUAUUGAGAUCAAGCUGCGGGGGGGGUAAAAAAUGAGGGGGGUGGGUGGGGGAGGCAGAGGCAUGAACUACGAAUGGUGCUACCUGAGAAAAACAACCCCGGCGUCUCAACGAAGCGGGUCGAGAGGUUUUUUUUUCCCCUUCUUUUGUUUUUUUCCCCUUAUGUUUCCACAAGUUUUUCCCCCCCGGUGCGUUUUAUGGUGCAUUAAACAAAAACAAACAAAAAAAAAAACAAAAACAAACAAACAGACAAAAAAAACCGUCGGAAGCAGCCACGCUUCCGUUUAGCAGCUGCAACAUACAAUGUAGACGUCCCUCCUAGCAGUAACGAGCAAUAACUCCUCUAAGCUCCGCCUCCCUUUUCUCCACCCCUCCCCCACCUUUAUUAUUUUCAAUAGACACCGUCCAAGACUUGCUUGAUUUCUAUUUGUUUGUUUUUUUUGUAUAUAAUACAUAAAUAGUUUAAUAAAUUAAGAAAAGAAGUUUUAAAAAAAAAAAAAGCUAGAAAUCCUA